AUGGCUUCGUUUCCCGAGUCUGACUUCCAGAUCUGCCCGCUGUGCAAGGAGAUGUGCGGGUCGCCGGCUCCCCUCUCCUCCAACUCCUCCACCUCCUCGUCUUCCUCGCAGACCUCCAGCUCCUCCGGGGGCGGCGGCGGCUCCUCCUGCGGAGGCCCGCCGCGGCGGCUCCACGUCCUGCCCUGCCUGCACGCCUUCUGCCGCCAGUGCCUGGAGGCGCAGCGGCACCCCGGCGCGGGGGACGCGCUCAAGCUGCGCUGCCCCAUUUGCGACCAGAAGGUGGUGAUCUCGGAGCCCUCGGGCAUGGACGCGCUGCCCUCCUCCAACUUCCUUCUCAGCAACCUGCUGGACGUCGUCGUGGUGGCCGCGGCCGCCGACGAGCAGAAGAACGGCCGCGCCGCCGGGGCCGGCCCGGCCGGGAGCUCUGGCGCAGGGGGCGGCGGUGGCGGCGGCGGCAACAACCGGCACCACGGCCGCCCGCCGCCGGGGCCACCCCGCGCCGCCGGCUCCUCGCCCGCCGCCGCCGCCGCCUCGGCCGCGCCCUCCUCGACGUCUUCGUCCUCCUCCUCCUCGGGCGGCGGCUCGGCGGCGCUCCUGCUGCGGCGGCCCCACAGCCGGCAGGGCGAGCCCCGCUGCAGCUCCUGCGAUGAGGGCAACGCCGCCAGCUCCCGCUGCCUCGACUGCCAGGAGCACCUGUGCGACAACUGCGUGCGGGCGCACCAGCGCGUCCGCCUCACCAAGGACCACUUCAUCGAGCGCUUCGCCGCCGGCCCCGCAGCCGCCGGCCCCGCCGCGCCACUCGCCCUCAGCCCGCCCUACCCUGCCUCGCCAUACAACAUCCUCUCCGUCUUCCCCGACCGGGCUAGCUACUGCCAGCACCACGACGACGAGGUACUGCAUUUCUACUGUGAUACCUGUUCUGUCCCCAUAUGUCGUGAAUGUACCAUGGGACGACAUGUGGGUCACAGCUUUAUCUACCUCCAAGAUGCCCUACAGGAUUCCAGGACUCUCACUAUUCAGCUCCUGGCAGAUGCUCAGCAAGGACGACAAGCUAUUCAACUGAGUAUUGAACAGGCCCAGGCUGUGGCGGAGCAGGUUGAGAUGAAAGCGAAGGUGGUACAGUCUGAAGUCAAAGUCGUGACUACUAGACAUAAGAAGGCCUUGGAAGAGCGGGAGUGUGAGCUGCUCUGGAAGGUGGAAAAGAUUCGUCAAGUCAAGGCUAAGUCACUCUACUUGCAAGUUGAAAAGUUACGUCAGAACCUAAACAAGCUGGAUAACACCAUUAGUGCUGUUCAGCAGGUCCUGGAGGAGGGUCGUACCAUGGAUAUUCUUCUGGCUCGGGACCGCAUGCUGGCUCAGGUGCAGGAGCUGAAGAAUGUGAGAGGCCUUCUCCAGCCACAGGAAGACGACAGGAUCAUGUUCACUCCCCCUGACCAGGCAUUGUAUAUGGCCAUUAAAUCAAUGGGCUUUGUCAGCAGUGGGGCUUUUGCUCCUCUGACCAAAGCCACUGGGGAAGGUCUCAAGCGUGCGCUGCAGGGCAAAGUGGCCUCUUUCACCGUGAUCGGCUACGACCACGAUGGUGAACCUCGCCUUUCAGGAGGCGACAUGAUCUCUGCAGUGGUGAUGGGCCCAGAUGGAAACCUUUUCGGGGCAGAUGUCAGCGAUCAGCAAAAUGGGACCUACCUGGUCAGCUACCGUCCACAGCUCGAGGGAGAGCACCUGGUGUCCGUGAUGAUGUGCAACCAACACAUUGAGAACAGCCCCUUCAAAGUGGUGGUGAAGUCUGGGCGCAGCUACAUAGGCAUUGGGCUGCCGGGGCUCUCCUUUGGCAGCGAGGGAGACAGCGACGGCAAGCUUUGCCGCCCCUGGGGGGUUAGCGUCGACAAAGAAGGCUACAUCAUUGUUGCCGACCGCAGUAAUAACCGCAUCCAGGUGUUCAAGCCAUGUGGGACCUUCCAUCACAAGUUUGGCACGCUGGGCUGCCGGCCAGGACAGUUCGAUCGCCCUGCCGGCGUGGCCUGUGACAUUUCGCGUAGGAUCGUUGUGGCUGACAAGGACAAUCAUCGCAUCCAGAUCUUCACAUUUGAGGGGCAGUUCAUUCUGAAGUUUGGGGAGAAAGGAACGAAGAACGGGCAAUUCAAUUACCCAUGGGAUGUGGCCGUCAACGCAGAGGGCAAGAUUCUGGUCUCUGACACGAGGAACCAUCGCGUUCAACUGUUUGGGCCCGACGGCGUGUUCCUUAACAAGUAUGGCUUCGAAGGGGCACUCUGGAAGCACUUUGAUUCCCCCAGAGGUGUGACUUUCAAUCACGAGGGCCACUUGGUAGUGACAGACUUCAACAACCAUCGCCUUCUGGUCAUCCAUCCAGAUUGCCAGUCAGCACGCUUUCUGGGCUCGGAGGGCACUGGGAAUGGCCAGUUCCUGCGCCCGCAGGGAGUGGCGGUGGAUCAAGAAGGGCGCAUCAUCGUGGCCGACUCCAGAAACCACCGGGUGCAGAUAUUUGAGUCAAAUGGUAGCUUUUUAUGCAAGUUUGGCACUCAGGGAAGCGGCUUUGGUCAGAUGGACCGUCCUUCAGGUAUAGCUGUCACCCCUGAUGGCAUGAUUGUUGUGGUCGACUUUGGAAACAAUCGAAUUCUCGUCUUCUAAUCUGUGUUUGAAUUAGGAAGAAACUGUCUCAGGGAAAUUCUUCUAAGAGAAAAUGAAAAAAUACAACGUUAAUUCAAACCUACCUCAUCUUUAAUUUUUUUACAGAUGAAUGUACUUAUCUUUUCUGCAGGGAGUGAGCCUGUAAAAAUGAAUUCUAUCUACCUCA